AUGGAUAUUUCCGACACAAAGGUUAGGGUUCUCUAUGACUUUGAGUACAAGACUAGAGAAAACAAGUGCGUAUCAAUCAAAGAAGGCGAAAAACUACUUUUAUUGAAAAAAACUAACGAUGACUGGUGGCAAGUUAUACGCAGUUCAGGCCAGCCAUUUUAUGUUCCAGCUACCUUUGUUAAAGAAAUUCCACGAGCCCCUAGCAGGCCUAGUUUAUCCAAGGGCGAGGAGAAAAUUAUAGUAGAAAAACCACAAGUGCUAAAACGUACUAUUUUUGAAAAACCCUUAACUCCGUCCUAUGAAAACAUUCCUUUAGAAAACACAACCGUUUUAAGUGUCAAUGACUUGAAUGUUAAUGAUGUGAUAAGUGAUAUUAAACGAGUUGAUAUUCAAAAUGAGAACAACAUAUUGUCACCAGUGUUAAAUAGAAAAAAUAAAACUGUAGUUACAGUUAACCAAGAAAAUUCUGGCUAUUGUCAGGUGAAUAUUAAAAAAUGUGAUAUUAAAGAGCAACUUUCAUUACAAUUGUCUAGCUCCUUAGAAGAACUUGCUCAAGAAAUUGAGCUAAAAUCAUUGCCCUUGAACAAAAAUACAUUAACUUACGAGCCUUCUAAAGUGCAGAACUUGCUAGAAAACAUUCGAAAGCCUGCCGUAAUAUCGAUUCAAAAUCUAAAAGCCAUUGAAAAACCUGAAAUAGGUAAUAAUGGACAAAUUCCUAAAAAUAAACUUUGUUAUACUGGUAGCUUUAAAACAAAACAUGAACGUGACAAAUGGGCCAAAAACAUAAUGACCAAUGAAAAUAUUAUUGAAGAAAACAAACCAGAUGAUGAAGAAUCAGUAAUGAUUAGUGAUUCUGUUUUAUCAAAAUCAAUAUCUACACCUGAUGCACAUAGUACCAGUGCAGAUCUCACAGGUGGAUCAACAGAUAGUCUACUAGAUGGUGACUCAUUGGGUAUUACUGAUAGCGAUCAAGAUUCGUUGAGGUUGCAUGGAUCUAGAAAACGAACAUCUUUGGCCAGGAAUCGUAGAGUGGAUUCUUAUUCUAAAAGAUAUCCAAUACGAAAUUCUUCACCGCCAAUUCUAGAUGUUACUCCAGGCCAUGGUGAACCAUUUGAACGUACCUGGUCUUCCCCUAAACAACGUAUCGUUGAUGAAGACAAGAUAAGUGGACAUAGUAGUGCUGGGACAAUUAAUUCGGGUAGUCAAAGUCAAAGUUCAUCUCCAUUAGCUGAAUUGGAUGAAGAAUAUGAGCCAAAUGAUAAUACUCCACCUCUAAAAACAAAAGUUAAACCUAUUAGUGAGACACCUGUGGGAUGGAUAAUGCAAGCUGAUCCAGCCUCUGGAUUACCGUGUUUUGUAAAUCAGUCAACUGGAGCAAAGUGGCUCUCUUCAAAAGAUUUUAAAGGUCGAUCUUACUACUAUGAAGAAAAUAGUAAAGAAUCAUCUUGGACAUUGCCUGAGACAAGUAAUAGCAAUGCAUCUAAUGCUAGCCCAUCGUCUCUUAAAGUAGACUUAGAAGAUUCUUCUUCAUCUUUGAAAUCAAACAAAAGUAAUAGUGAAAAAAAUGACUCUUCAGACUUAAAGAGCCCAUCGUCGCCUCAAGUAAAUGUUCCUAAGAAUUGGCCCCAAUUAUGGGAUGGGCAUAUGUGCGUACUGAAAGAAGGUCCCUUAAAUCGAACAAAAAUUACUGAAAACGGAAAGAGGCUUCGAAAGAAUUGGACGAUAUCACAUGUAAUACUUACGGAAUUAUUUUUACUUUUCUUCAAAGACUCUAAAUGUUUUGUAGCAAUGAAAAAUGGUAAUGGACGACCAGAACUUUGUGUGGAUUUGAAUGGUGCCCUUGUGUAUCCAGCAGACAAGGUAUCUAGCCGUAAAAAUGUCUACGUUAUCAGUACUGUCUUAGGAACUCAGGUAUUGUUCCAAAACGAAUGUAACAUCCAAGCCCAGUCAUGGCUCUAUGCAAUACAAGCAGUUAUUUCCAAUCUGCCGUGUAACUUUGACAGAUGUCCUCGUUCACCAAAUACACGCACCAAAGACUUCCUUGACGCUGAAAAAAAAAACAAACUAAAUAGGAACAAAUCCCUUAAAUUAAAAGCAAAAGAUGGUGGAAGUAUGGAAGAUUUGACAUCAAAUGUAGAACGUCAGACAAAAAUAAAAGCCCGUCUACGGAAAUUUUUUCAUCGAAGACCUACGAUGGAAUCGCUAGUCAAAAAAGGAAUAUGGAAAGAUGAGAAUGCAUUUGGGUGUUUCUUGGAACAUGUGGUUGGUACUGAUCAACCGCGCGUUCCAGCUUUUGUACAACGUUGUGUGGCAGCAAUUGAGAUCAGCGAAGAAAACUUAAAGACCGAUGGCCUGUACCGCGCUUCAGGCAAUUUAUCUCAGGUGCAAAAGAUAAGAUUACAAGUUGACCAAAAUAAUCUAUCAGUGAUUGACCAAGAAGAGGAUGUUCAUGUUUUAACUGGCGCUCUUAAGCUGUUUUUCAGAGAACUCAAAGAACCUCUUAUACCGUAUCAUGCUUUCCGCAAAGCUAUUUCAGCAGGCACAAGUCAUAGUCGUAAAGACAAGUUAUUAAAUUUUCGUGAUAUCACAAAGUCAUUACCUGGACCCAAUUAUGACACGCUAAAGUUCUUACUAAUACACUUAUUGAAAGUAACAAGUUACAAGGAAUUCAACCGGAUGCACAUUCCAAAUUUAGCUAUUGUUUUUGGACCAACCCUCAUGUGGCCAGAAACGGAAUCAACAAAUAUGGCGAUUGACCUGAUGCAACAAAAUAUGGUGAUAGAAGCACUUUUAGCCGACUUUGAUAAUAUAUUCAAAUAA